AUGGAGACUGAACGCAGCGAUUAUCUCACGAAGCAGCUCGUUGUAGAGAGGAAUGUGGUCACCUUCCGUUCCCUCAGCCGGCACUUCAAUAUUCAUGUCAAUUUUGCAAAGAAUGACCUCGCGGCUUUCCACGCUGCCUCACAGGGGUCACCGUCGCCAGCCUAUGCGACAUAUCUCUUGACUGGAGAAGUGUUGCCUCCACCAGCGACAACAUCUCAAGAAUCGCAACCCACUGAUAUGGAUGUGGACUUGGAGGAAGUUGCAGAUGAUAGUGGAGAACCGGAUAGCGAAGAAGUACCCGCUGUGAAGGUAACCCUUGUCGGAGAGACUGAUGUCGACAGGGUGAAAUCUCAGUAUAAACGUCUAUUCUCGCAACAUAUAUACAGCUUGUCCCCGGCACCGUUGAUUGAUGCAGGCCUCAUUUGCCCGCCUUCAGAUAAGGUGCACGAAUUGGAUGCAAAGAUCUCGUCAGAGGCAUCCGUACUACUAGGAAGGAUCGUCGGCCCUCACGUUCAUAUCGGCAGGCACAUAGCACCUGUGGCAUCAUCCUCAAAAGUAAAGGAUUUUGCAAGGUCAAAAUCUUCACUCUCAGUCAAGCAAGAACAGAAGGUAGAGAAGGCAAAGGAGGAGCUGGAGCAGGCGAUCAAAAAAGAACCCAAGGAAGAGCCGAAGCUGACACUGAAGGAACAUGCGAAGCACAAAGAGAAACCGCCAGCCCUGAAAGUGAAAGAAUCAGGAAAGCUUGACUGGAGCAAGGCGAAGGCCAAAGAGACAGAAGAGAAAAUUCGAACAGUAAAGGGCAAGCAGUCGGUGAAGGAUGGAUUCAAGAAGAGAGCUGCUAGUGGAAAGAAGAGCCGGGCUACAUCACCGAGCACAGAUGAGAGCUCCCGUCAAGGGACACCUGCAAUGGCUUCAUCCAAGACAGUAGUCAAGAGGGGGACGAAGCGCAAAUCCGGGAUGAUGCCUUCAUCAGACUCGGAUGAGGAGGAUGACAGCGUGUCUCCGCCUCCCCGAAAGAAGAGUCCCAUCUCCAAAAGUGCUUCCGUUAGGCCGACAUCCUCAAAGGAUGAACCCAAGAGGACAAUGAAGCGCAAGCCGACCUUGCGUCUCAUGUUGGACUCCGAAGAGGGCGAGGGAGAGUUCAAGCCUCUUCUUCCCACACGACCCAAGAAGGGUGUUGUCCUUUCGGAAGAUGAGGAGUUCGAGAAGCCUGACACGUACUCUCGUCCAGCGAGCAGUAGGAGGAAGGCAAGGCCAAGAUCUAGGCGCAGUGAGACUCCGACUGAAGCAGAGAAGAGCCUCAGGGCGAUGAUGGAUGUUGAUGACGAUGAGGUCAUCAGAGUGUCGCAUUCCGUGCCGCCGGACACCGAGCCAGAAGCGGACGAGACGCAAAACGAAGACGUUGAUGUCGAGAUGGUCGAGGACUCGGAACCAGAGAGGGUCGAGAACAAACCAAGGAGGAAGAGGGAAAAGAAAGUCAUCCCUACCGGCAGGAAUGGAUUGAAGAAGAGACGAGUUCUCAAAAGUCGGACAAAGGUAGACGAGAAGGGAUACAUGAUCACGGAGGACUAUUCCUCGUAUGAAUCCGUCGAGGAAGAAGAGGAACAAGCAGACGAAUCUGCGAAGAUAAAGACAAAGAGGAGCUCAUUUGCGAAGGGGCAUACCAAGCCUAAGAUCAAGGUAAACGAUCGAACAGCAAGCAAAACCUCCGGCGAUUCCUCUGGCUUGAAGAGUCGGAAAUCCACUGCGAAGACUCCCGCCAACUCAACUCUUAUGACUUUCUUUGGCAAGAAAUAG